GCGGCCGCAUCUCUGGCCGGGGAAGCUGUUUACUUACAUAAUUGUUAUUAUUUUUUAAACCUUAUUCACAAAUAAUCAAACACUAGGAUAUACUAUAAGAAAACAAGACGCGCGUUUGAACUGUAACGGACGCAGAAAGCAGCGUUGCUCCGGGUUUAGUGGACUGACGCCUGCUCGUUUGUCUAGCGUGAAUCAUCCUUAGCCUAGCUAACGUUACAGCCGGGAUGCCUCGCAUUAAGCUGCAGGCCUAGAACAUUCUGCGUUCUUUUCAUCUUUUAGUCUCGGGACAACCACAUUUCCGUCUCGUAAUGGAGGAAAUUUUCCGAAAGCUUCAAAAAGACGCUUCUGGGAGCAAAUAUAAGGCGAUUCGUGAUGGUUGCGCCGUGGCGUGUGAAACUCUGGAGGCUCAGAACGGAUCAGUUAAGACACCAGCAUUUAAGGUCAGGGACAGAUGCCUCCUACCACUUAAGCUUGCACUUGAGUCCAAAAACCCAAAGCUGGCACAGACAGCUCUCACAGGAAUGCAGAAGAUCCUGUGCGAGGAUCGCUUUGUCACUGUGGAACCAGAAGUGCCAGACAAGCAGCUGUUAAAUCAAAUGCUGGAUGCCGUCAGCGUGACUCCCAUGCUUCAUGAAGAUCUACAGGUGGAGGUUAUGAAGGUCUUGCUCUGUAUCACAUACUCCUCCAGCUUCGAGUUCAAUGGAAAAAACAUCUUGAGGAUUGCCGAGGUGUGUAUCCUGACAUAUAUAUCAAGUUGUCAUCAACGCAGCAUCAACACAGCAGUAAGGGCCACACUUAGUCAAAUACUUGGAGAUCUUGCACUUCAACUAGACCACAGACAGGACAGCUCGGGUGCAGAUGAACAGGAGCGUACAGUGCCUACAAGCAAACGCAAAGACUUUUCUCCCACAACAGCAGCUCUGUAUGAAGAUGUGGUGACUGUUCUAACUAUAUUCUGUGAAAAACUGGAGUCUGUUUCAAGUGAGAACCAACUGUUGCAACUGCUGUAUCUGGAGUGCAUCUUAGCCAUGCUCAGUAGCUGCCCUCCGACAAUGCACCUGAACCGCAGCUUCACCGAUCUUGUCUGGAAGCAGCUGUGCCCAGUUCUAGUGGUGAUCACAGGCAACCCUGUGAAUGACAAGACCAUCACCUCUGCUCAUGGAGCUUCAUCACAGGAAGUGGAUGCUGCACUAGGUUCAGGGGUUAGUGAUCAGGGCCGGGGUUCUGGCUGUUCCUCCAGUGCCCCUGCCAUGAUCGGACCAGUGAUCCGUACUAUUUGCUACAUCGCAGCUGAGCUUGUGCGAUUGGUGAACUGUGUGGAAUCCAUGAAACCUGUUCUGCAGUCCCUCUACCACCGCAUCCUGCUUUACCCACCUCCACAGCACAGACUGGAGGCCAUUAAGAUCAUGAAAGAGAUCCUCGGUAGCCCGCAGCGCUUGUUUGACCUGGCAGGCCCAUGCGUGAUUGAGCCUGAGACCAGAAAGAGGUCUUUCUCAAAGAGGAAAUCAUAUCUUGACCUUCUUAAGUUGGUGAUGGAUGGCAUGACAGAAGCUUGCAUAAAAGGUGGCAUUGAGGCUUGCUAUUCCUCUGUUUCAUGUGCUUGUGCGCUACUGGCGGCCCUUGACGAGCUUAGCCAGGGACGUGGCCUGCAUAUGGACCAGGCACAACUUUUGCUGCGGCGGUUGGACGACUUAAAAGAAGGGGCAGAAUUGUUGAGGGAAUCAGUGGAACUCAACGAAGCUGACUUCCGUUGGCAGCGCCAUGUGCUGUCCUCUGAAAACCCCACCUGGGAGACUCCCAUUCCUGAACGCAGCCCUGACAUCAGCAUCAGUGUCACCACUGACACAGGCCAGGUUACUCUGGAGGGGCAUCUGGCUCAAACCACCCCAGAAGACUGCACUAAUAAUGCUCGAUUACCCUCGCCUUCCUCCUGUGGAGGUGCUGCUGGGGAAAGUGGUGCCCCGCCAGAUGUGGUGCAGCGCAGCCAUGCCCUGGCCUAUCCAGACCUUACCAACUUUCUGUCAGUGGAGUCUCGCAUGCGCUCACAUGGCUCACGCUAUAGUGAGAGCAAUUUCAGUAUGGAUGAGCAAGAGCUUUCUCGCACAGAGUUCGACUCAUGCGAUCAGUUCUCCACGGCUGCUGAGAAGGACUCGGGGCGCUCGGAUGUUUCAGAUGUUGGUUCAGAUAAUGGCUCAUUGGCUGAUGAUGAACAGACAUUGCGCCAUGCCCCUGCCCAUCGUCCGCUGCGCACUGGUGAACUUUCGCUGAAGCUGCUGAAGAACCAGGAAGCAGACCAGAAGAGUGCCCGCCAUUUUGUUCAGUCUCUGGUGAGGUUGUUGCCACGCCUUCUGGCUCAUCACACCCCUACUGAUGUGGAUGUUGAACUACAAAACUUCUCCUCAACCUUCUGCUCAGGUCUGCAAGUAGGUGGGAUCCACUCUGCUGGCUUUGAGGGCAAUGAAAAUCUGAGCUGCCAGGCUCUAAUGAAUGCAGAUGGAUUGUAUUUGGUGUCCUACUACGCCUUGCAUCUUAACCUCAAACUGAGUAACUGUGGUUACUACCAGAGGAAACCCUCUUCUCCUAUUGUCACUCUGAAAGAGUUUGUGCACCAGAUCCAGAGCAGUGGUGUUUUAGUGGUCCUCUCUCAGGCCUGGAUAGAGGAACUGUACAGCCAAGUGUUAGAGAUAAACCUUCUAGGGGAGGCUGGGUACUGGGAGUCCCCUGAGGAGCACUCAUUCCCUCUCAUCACCAUGCUCACAGAUAUCGAUGGACUUGGCAGCAGUGCUAUAGGAGGUCAGCUGAUCAGAAGAGCCUCUUCACAGUCGUCCUUUACAACUGAUAAAAAAGACAAUAACACUGUGUUGGCAGGUAUAGUGUUUGCUCGAUACAUCCUGAUCGGCUGCUGGAAGAACCUGAUUGACACUCUUUCUACUCCACUAACGGGUCGCAUGGCAGGCAGCUCAAGAGCUCUGGCCUUCAUCCUGGGUGCAGAAGGUGUUAAAGUACAGAACCAGAGGGAGAGAGAAACCAUCUGCCUUAGUCUCGAUGGUCUGCGCAAGGCUGCCGCGCUCAGCUGUGCUCUGGGUGUGGCUGCCAACUGUGCAUCAGCUGUAGCUCAGAUGGCAGCAGCUUCCUGUGUUCCAGAGGAAAAAGAAGAGAAGGAUCAGGCUGAAGCUGGAGAUGCUAUUGCUCAAGUUAAGCAUAGAGUGGAGCAGAAGUUGGAGCAGAUGGGUCGGGUUCAGGGCGUUAAGCUACACACAGCUCAUAUGCUCUGCAUGGACGCCAUCCUUAACGUGGGUCUAGAGAUGGGCAGCCAUAAUCAUGAUUGCUGGCCACAUGUUUUCAGAGUGGUGGAGUAUGUGAGCUCGCUGGAGCACAGCCACUUUAGUGACGGGACCUCUCAGGCUCCUGUGACCAUCACUCAGACUCAGCAAGCGUCAUCGAUAAUGGGAAAUCCAGAGUUUUGCUUGGAGUCUGUCUCUGAGCUGGAGCUGACCCUGAGCCACCCAGUCAUUCAGCCCACUUCCAUCCAGGAACUGUUGCGUGAGAACAGCUACACAAAAGGUUUUGAUGUGCACGGUGGCAGUCUCCUGACAGGCAACAGUGCUGCUAAAGUUGUCUGCGCCCUCUCCACACAGGCAGAUAGACUGUUUGAAGAUGCAGUGUGUAAACUUAACCUGGUGGGUCUAGUGGGAUUCCUACACCAGCUGAGGAAAGCCUCACAAUCUCAACUUUUCAACUCAGUCACAGAAACUGGAGACUACUCCUUAGCCAUGCCAGGGGAGGCUAAGUCAACACAGGACAAGCGCAGUGCCCUUCACCUCUUCAGGCUGGGUGAGGCCAUGCUGCAUAUCGUAAGAAACAAAUGUCGACCCCUUCUGCACAUGAUGAGAGCCUGGAGUGUGGUGGCUCCUCAUCUGGUGGAGGCUGCUUGUCAUAAAGAACGGCACGUAUCCCAGAAGGCAGUGUCAUUCAUCCAUGAUGUGCUGAUGGAGGUGCUGAGCAGCUGGGCCGAACUUCCACAUUUUCAUUUCAACGAGGCGCUUUUUCGGCCUUUUGAGCACAUCAUGCAGCUGGAGCUCUGUGAUGAAGAUGUGCAGGACCAGGUGAUCACGUCCAUUGGGGAGCUGGUGGAGCUGUGCUCUCCUCAGAUUCAGUCAGGCUGGAGGCCGCUUUUCAGUGCUCUGCGCACCGUGCAUGGAAGCAAGAAUGACAUGAAGGACUAUCUGAUUGGAGAAUACUCUGUGGGCAAAUCCCAUGCACCAGUUUUUGACGUCUUUGAGGCCUUUAUAAACACGGACAACAUUCAGGUCUUUGCCAAUGCAGCAACUGACUACAUCAUGUGCCUUAUGAAGUUUGUGAAGGGUUUAGGAGAGGUGGAUUAUAAGGAGAUAGGAGAUUGUGUUCAUGCGAAUGAAUACAGCUCUACAGACCUGUGCCUUCCUGCUCUGGACUAUCUGAGGAAAUGCUCCCAGCUGCUGGCCAAAAUCUACAAAAUGCCUUCAAAGCCAGUGUUUCUGGGUGCACGACUGGCCAGUCUGCCAAUGCGAGCCCAGGAGCGUUCGGUUACCAGCGAGGACGGUAUGGACUGUGUUCUAGCAGAGUUCGAUGAUGGCACAGGGUUAAUCCAGGUGUGGAUUUUGCUGUUAGAGCAGCUCACUGCUGCAGUGUCUAAUUGCCCUCGACAGCACCAGCCUCCCACACUUGAACUGUUGUUCGAGUUGCUCCGAGAAGUCACUAAAACACCCGGGCCGGGCUUUGCCAUUUUCUCAGUCGUCCAGCUCCUCCUUCCUGUCAUGUCUCUGUGGCUCCAGCGAAGUCACGGAGAUUAUUCAUACUGGGACAUCGCAGCUGCUAACUUUAAGCAUGCCAUCGGGCUUUCAUGCGAGCUGGUGGUGGAGCAUGUACAAAAUUUCAUGCAGUCAGAUAUGGUCUAUGAGAAUCUUAUUAACCUGAUGUUGAAGGACUUAUUCAAGCUGCUGGUGGUUUGUGUGGCUGAACCUGCAGAGACCAUCUCCAGAGUUGGCUGCUCCUGUAUCAGAUAUGUGCUGGUGACAGCAGGGCCUGUGUUCACAGAGGAGAUGUGGAGACUGGCCUGCUGUGCCCUGCAAAAUGCCUUCUCAGCUACACUCGAACCUGUCAAGAAUCUGCUUGCGUGCUUUCGAAGUGGGUCUGACACCUUCACAGGGGACGCGUGCGAAGUGAAAGUAGCCGCCCCGACACACUCUGCUUCUGCCGAGGCUGAGUACUGGAGGAUCCGCGCCAUGGCACAGCAGGUUUUUAUGCUGGACACUCAGUGCUCUCCUAAGACUCCUAGCAGUAAGGAAGGAUUUGAGCAUGCUCAGUCAUGUGUGCUUAUUAUUGAACUUCCUGCAGACCAGCAGUCCAAUGGCCAUGUUCAGAAGAGGAUUCCGUUCAGGACGAUUGUGGUGAGCUUGCUGUCCCACCAGGUGUUGCUACAGAACCUCUAUGACAUCCUGCUGGAGGAGUUCGUGAAGGGCUCCAGCAGUUCAGAGAGCCAGGAUCGCUUAACACCUGUCUCAGAGCCCAAAGCCUCAGGUUUUCUACGCUACAUCUCCAUGCAAAACCUGGCCAUUAUAUUGGACCUCCUGCUCGACUCUUACCGCACGGCGAGGGACUUUGACACACGUCCUGGCCUGAAAUAUCUACUUAUGAAGGUGUCCGGGGUGUGCGGAGCCGCCAACCUGUACCGCCAAUCUGCAAUGAGCUUCAAUAUCUACUUUCAGGCUUUGCUAUGUGCCAUGUUGACUAACCAGGAGCAGAUCACUGUGGAGCAGGUGAAGAAGAUCCUCAGUGAGGAGGAGGAUGAGGAAGAGGAGGAGGGCAGUUCAGAUUCGUCACAAGCCUGCUCGUCCGAGGAUGAGGAUAUGUUUGAGGAGACGGCGCGCGUGAGCCCACCACGCCGGUGGCGUACGCGACUGCCUGGUCUGAGCACCCAGCCUGCCGGUGGUGCAGACUGGGCGUGGCUGCUCAAACGCAUACAUAAGCUCUGCAUGGACCUCUGCACAAAUUAUAUUCAGAUGCACCUAGACCUGGAAAACAGCACAGAGGAGCCACCUCCCACUACGCGGCCUGACAGCAUGUUCUUUAUGCCCCUUUUUCCCUCCGAGACCUCCACUCCAUCAACAGGAGGCCAUUCGGUACGUGGCACACCCUUGGAGGAUAAUCCCCGCCUUCAUGUGCUCAACACGCCCUCCGCUGAGGAAGAGGAGAGGAGGAGGAAGAAGGAGUGGUGGGAGAGCGCCAGCAACAAGCUUUACACCAUCGCCACUGACAAGACCAUUGCCAAGCUGAUGAUGGAAUACAAGAAACGCAAGCAGCAGCAACAGCAGCAGCAGAACCUUGGUUCUUUGACAAAGAAGGUAGGAGAGAGAAUGACACCAGAAUCGCCUGGGCCGCAGAGACCUCAGCAGCUCCUCGAUCAGAGGACCAUGAGGCAUUCCUUCAGUGCCGGACCAGAAGUACUGCGUCAGGACAAGAGGCCACGCUCGGGUUCUACCGCCAGCUCACAUAACGUUUCCCUCAGAGAUUCAGAGGCGCAGAUACAAGCAUGGACCAACAUGGUCCUCACCAUCCUGAACCAAAUCCAGCUGUUGCCAGAUGCCACCUUUGUGGCCCUGCAGCCGGCCAUGUUCCCCUGCAUCAGUCAGUUGACGUGUCACGUGACUGACCUCCGCGUGCGGCAAGCGGUGCGAGAGUGGCUGGGACGCGUAGGGCGUGUUUAUGAUAUCACCCUGUGAGGAGCUCGCUGCUUUGUCGUCAUUGUGAGCUGACUAUAGUUUACUUUCAUCCUUGGGAUUUGCUGACCGGGAUAGAACCUGUUUCUUUUUGUAUGCAAAUGUAUUUAUUGUUGUAUUCUGUAGUCUCUGUAUUCUGUGAACAUACAUAUCUGAAUGCUCUGCGGAACAGAUUUGAAUCCGAAUGUUAACAAAUGUUUAAUUAGCACAUGGUAUUGACUACUCUCAUUUGUAUUACUUUCUUAUCCUUUUAUUAUUUAUUGCCUGUCAAUCAGAUUUAAUAUUUAUUUCCAGUGCAUACAAAGCCGUGUUUACUUUCUGCACUUUUGUACGCUCAUUAGAAAUGCAAGUUUAUUGCCGCUGACACAAAGUCACAUGGCAUGGAGACAAAAUCCAGUCAUGUACUGUUCAGUACAGUACCUGACACAUUGCUGCUCUUGCAAUGUUCAUUCAAACUCAAAGUGUUUGGAUGUACAAAGGAAAUGCCAAUUGGUUUUCUCAAGACAGCAUUUCAUUGCUAUGGUAAUAUUCGAAUUAGUGACUAACGCAAGUUCCUUUAGUGCCACAGGCUAACAUAUGGAUUCCUGUACCAUGUAUUUACAUUUUUACCCUUUAAACAGCUCCAAAAUGAUGUGCGUUAACCAACAUUUUACUGAUGAGCAUUUACUCUCUCAGUGCUUACAGGAUACAAAGAUAUUUAAAUAUGAUUUCUCCUGGUUUACAGAGAAUUUAGAUUUGCCACACUGAUCAACCUGACUGGAACUAACAAAUCUCUUUCACUGACUGUUAAGAUUUAGGUCAAGACUCAUUAUUUAACACAUCAUAUACAUGUUAUCAUCCAAACUGUUCUGUGAAGCAUAUUUAAUCCUUUUUUUUUUUGCCUAAAUGUAACGUCAGUAAUCAUAAGGCUUUAAAAAUGCUGGUUCAUGUUAUCAUGCCUAUCCAAACUUUGCUUAUGUACAGUAUUAGUCUUGUAAUUUGUGUAUCAGUUUCUCAUGUCAUGUAAACGCAUUAAGGGAAUGAUCUGUUGUUUCGCUGUGCAGCGCAUAAAUACUGCUUUCAAAGAAACCAAGACGGUAAUCUUGCAACAAACAAUUCUUUUUUUACCCUAAACCAAAUGUUCUUUUCAAGUUUAAAAGAAAAAUGGCCAAAAGUUUGUGGACACCCCGACUUCAGCAUUACAAUAUCUCUGAGGUUGGUGUAGAAGAACUUGAGUGUCCUGCACAGAGCCCUCACUUGAAUCCUCCCAAGCACCUUUGGGACAGAUUCAAACAAGCCUCGUCGCUCAACAUCAGUGCCUGACCUCACUAAUGCGCUCUCGGCUGAAUGGGCAAAUCUACAGCCAUGCUCCAGGAUAAGAAAGCAGAAAGCCCUUCCAGAAGAGUGAAGGCACUCUUGGCCUUACUUGAGUAAUUUUAUUAUAUAUAAGAGCAAAGCAAGGACUACAUCUGGGUGUGAUGAUCAGGUGUCCACAUACUUUUGGCCACAUAGUCUAUAGAAUGACCAAGAGUGCCAUUUUAAAGUAGAAUCAACUCACUGUACAACAAAAUGCCCACAUGCAGUACUUAAGUUAAAUGCGUUACCCAGAAAAUAACCUGUGCUUAAUUUGAAUGUAAAGGAAUCUAAUCACAUACUUUUUUGUAUUUUUGUGUUACUUUGCUGGUGGUGAAAAUGACCAAAGAUCUGCACUUGUAUGCGAUGAUUAGAAGGUAAUGUUUCGUCUGUAGCCUGGAGGAAGGGAUGCAUCUGCUAUGAGGUUAAGGGUGUAUUCUAAAAAAAAAAAAAAAAAAAAAAAAAACCCAAUCAAAUACUAAUUAAGGGGUUUUUCUUUGUGUUUGUUAAUUUAUAAGAAACUAAAAUAAUGGCUCAAGAUUUUUCUAUACUUUGUCCAUUUGCACAGACGUAAUUAUAUCAACAGUGCACAACUCUUUGUUGGUAUCUUUCAUUUAUUUUAAAGGUCAAAUUUUAAGAAAAUCUUGCCACUUCUGCCUCUUUACAAUUUUCCUGUAAUUCUUGAAAAGUUAACGAUUCGUUUAAGGAAAAACAUUUUGGCUAAAAGACAAUACCGUAUUUAUUCUCUUAAAACGUUUGACCUUAGUGCAAUGUACAGUAUUUUAUUCUUAAAUCAAAUAUUACAAUUUAAAACCCUGAUUGGUUGAGCUGCAUUAGAAGCUGAAAUAUUUGAAUCCUGCAUUAAUACUCCGGAUUUGAAAACAGUAAAAGCGUUACAAUACAGCCACAGAGUUGUGUGGUUAGAAUACCCUGACCUAUGUUACAUUGCGUAACAACCAAAGCUUACUGUUACCAGACUACAUUGUGUUGUUUACUGCAAAUUCGUUAAUAAAAAAUUCAGUUAUUUAUUGAACACUGGAUUUGACCGUAUUGUUUUUGUUAGUUUUAUAACAGAAUCAGAGUCGCUGAGCCUUCUCAUGGCUUACUGAUUUAUUUAUGUUGGGGUAUCAUACAGUACUUAUUAACUGUGGCUCAGCGGCACCAGACUGCUUGUAUAACUAUAUCGUGGCGCUACGUAUUCUAAUGAUUAUGACGGCUUUUCAUGAUUUGCUAAUGGCACAAGGUUUUUUUUUUUUUUUUUUUUUUUUUUUUAAACAUAUGUGUUAUAAAAGGUGUUUUAUUCAUGAAUACUCAUUUUAUGUGACAACACUCAGACUAUUGCAGUAUACUGUAUAUGCACAUGCUAAUUAUACAUUUGUGUUGUGGAAUAAAAAAGUCAAAAUGUAGUAAA